UGAGGAUUGAAGACACGUUUUUCUAACACUGCAUUUCCCGAAACAAAGCAGCCUGAUGUUUUUUAGUUUGCGCGGGGACAAGUGCUUACACACCUCAAGUCUGUUCACCUGAGGCCAAUCCAUACACCGCCGCAUUGUUAGUCUCGUCGAGUCACCAACUUACGAGGCGAAGCCAAGCUUGCGCCUUGACGCUGUUUUGUUAGGCAGUCACAUUUCUGUCCUUUUGUAAAUACCUGCUGAAGUGUCUUUUAGAGAAAAGAGGCGGUGUCUGUGUCUUUUUUUGCUUCAAGUAGUUGGCAGAACCAACACAUCAAGCAACCCUUGACGUCCGACAAGAGCGCCAAUAACAACAGGUCAUCACAACAACCACAACGCAUCAACGCCCACCAGCUUCAACCACCACAACCAAACUUCUCGAAACCAGCUCAAAGGAGUACUAGCAAAGAAUCAAUCUCCCCCAUAUCAAGAAACGAAAUCUCUCACAAUGCCCAUCUCAGACCUCAUCCCCGCGGCCCUCAAGCCAAAACCCCCCAAACGCGCCCCCAAACCCCAACAAACAUCCUACACCUCCAACCAAGUCCCUAUCCCCUCAGACUUCCUCUCCUGCCCCCUCCCCCCUUCCGCACCCGCCGUAACUCUCCAAAAACUAGACUGGUCCCAGACCCCCCUCCCCGAAAACGGGCCCCUCUACGCCGUCAUCCUAGACAACGUCCUCACCCCCGCCGAAUGCGCCCAGCUUCUCCGCAUGGCCGAGGCCUCCGCCACAGACCGCGGCCCGGACCCGGACAAGGACGAGCCGUGGCGGCCGGCCAUGGUGAAUAUGGGCCCUGGGUGGGAGAUUUUGGAGCCCGAGUACCGGAAUAGCGACCGGAUUAUCUGGGACCAGCAGGAGGUUGUUGAUCGGUUGUGGGAUCGGUGUAGGCUUGCGCCGGGGCUGGAGGCGCAGUUGAGUGGGAUGGAAGGGGUGAGGAGGCCUGAGAGGGGGUUCGAGACGAGGUGGGUGUUUAAGAGGUUUAAUAAGCGGAUGAGGUUUUUGAAGUAUCAAAAGGGGCAGUUUUUUAGACCGCAUUGCGACGGGCCCUAUGGGGAAGAAGCAGAGGACGGGACCGUGUUCCGGACGCAUUAUACUGUUCAUCUAUACCUGAACGACUCUGUCGCUGAGGCAGAAAAGGACAGUGCCGCUGACUUGGUUGGAGGCGCAACGUCGUUUUUGUCGGGGGAUGAGAAGAGGAAGGUUGAUGUUGAUCCCAAGGCGGGCCGGGUGCUGAUCUUUCAGCACAGCCGGCUCUAUCACUCUGGUGAUGAUGUUGUCAAGGGGACGAAGUAUACGAUGAGGACGGAUAUCUUGUACGAGAUGAUCAAGACGAAGAUUGGAGGCGAGGAGGAGGGGAAGGAGAACGAGGGGAUGACGACUUAAGCGUGAUCAUGUGCGAGGGGAUUCGAGGGCAGCUGCGCAGGGACUUUGAGCUGGACUUGUCUCAAAUAGUUAUUUGCAAUAAUAUAUAUACAUGGUGCUU